GUUCAAAAUGGAAUCAGAAGAGGUGAGAUGUUCACAGGUUCCUUCUUCUGCUCUCUCACAGAUUUGUGUGGAUGUAAAGUCGGAAGCUUGUAGCGCCUCUGAUGGAGGAACAUCAAGCUGUGUGGAAGAUCUUGGAGAGUUCCUGGUGAAGCGUCUAAAAGAGGAACCUGAAGAUGAAGACUUCAGUGUUGAUGGAGUACGCAGGAGACAUCGGCGUAACGUUGGAUGACCUUUGGAACGGAGAGUUCUCCUCCUUUCCCAAACUGUUGCAGCAAAGACUAGAUGAUGGUCAGAUGCGAGUCUUCUCCUGCUCCCUGUGCACCCUCUCCUACACCGCCCAAAUGUACCUCCACAGACACAUGAAGAGGUGCCACUACGAGGAAUACGCAAGACUGCUCAAAUCUGGAGAGGUCUCAUCUCAGAAGCUGGUGCCCAUGAGAAGCUCCGGGGGUCAGCGGGUGUCCUCUGAGACUCUCACCUCCACCAACACCUCGACCAAACAGACGCGGGUGGAGGUACUGAGCUGCUCCGACUGUGGGAGGAGUUUAAAUCAGAAGAACGAUCCUGAGGAGCAUCAGUGCACCGGGGCGAGAGAGAAGCAGCAUCAGUGCUCGCUGUGCUGGAGGAGAUUCAGCGAGAAAGGAUCUCUCCAACGACACCAGCGCAUUCACACCGGAGAGAAGCCGUACGAGUGCUCACAGUGUGGAAGAAGCUUCACUCACAAGGAUCACCUCCAGCGACACCAGCGCAUUCACAAUGGAGAGAAGCCGCAUCAGUGCUCUCAGUGUGGGAAGAGCUUCGGUGAUGCAGGAUCUCUCAAAGAUCACCGGCACGUUCACACCGGAGAGAAGCCCUAUCAGUGCCCUGACUGUGGGAGGAGCUUUAGCGGGAGGGCAAAUCUCGCAAGACACCAGCGCAUUCAUACCGGUGAGAAACCCUAUCACUGCUCAGAGUGUUGGCAGAGCUUUACUCUCAGAGCUCAUCUCCAGCGGCACCAGCGCAUUCACACCGGAGAGAAACCGUAUCAGUGCUCACAGUGUGGCAACAGCUUCAGCAGUCAGAGCUACCUCAAACUACACCAGCGCAUUCACUCGGGUGAAAAGCCGUUUCACUGCUCGCAGUGCCAGAAAAGCUUUAGCGACCAAGGUAGUCUCCAGAUACACCAGCGCGUUCACACGGGAGAAAAACCGUAUCACUGCUCCGAGUGCGGGAAGACUUUCGCUCAAAACGGACAUCUGCAGUUACACCAGCGCAUUCACACCGGAGAGAAGCCAUACUGCUGCUCCCAGUGUGGGAGGAGCUUCACUCAGCAGGGUUCUCUCCAGCGACACCAGCUCAUUCACACUGGAGAGAAACCCUACCAGUGCCUAGAGUGUGGGAGGAGCUUCACUCAUAAGGAUCAUCUCCAGCGACACCAGCGUAUUCACACAGCAGAGAAGCCAUCGUAGUGCUCGCAGUCUGAAGAGACAUCAGUGACCCAACAGGCGCUGGACUACUGAUCAUAAGGAGCGUUCAAGCCUCGCCACCUUCAAGUGGCCACUGUUGGGCUGUUAACCAUCAUGGCUUGGCUGCAAACAUGUAAAACCAUGUACCCUCGGUGAUCAGAGAGGUUUCCUCGUUAUGGUGGAAAGAAUAAACAAAAACACCAAAGAAAUGAGGCGUGUGUGCAGCUUAGAAGUUUAUAUACUGCACGGAUUGUUGGGGCACGGUUGGUGCAAAAAAGCAAACGGUGGAGAAACGUUAAUGCUUGGGCGAAAAUACUUCAGUUUAAUUGCUAAAGUGACGUUUCAUCAACAAUACCGAAGCAAACUGGGAGCGUAGAAAUAUAAAGUCGUUCACUUUUCUACAGCAGACCUGUGAUCGUACAAUCAUUGGAGUCGUACCUCAGUAUAACCGUAUAACUGAGCACUUCAUCAGUGGUGACCGGGAGACUGCAAACAUGGUUUAUUAGUUAAACUUAGAGCUAACUGUAACUGUUUAAUACUCAAAUAUUACAUUAAUAAUAAACAUUGUAUUUAUUG